AUGGAUGGUCGGAUGGAACUCUGCGUCGCGCGUCGUGACGAGGCCCUGUCUGUUGCACAGCAGGAGAACUCGAGUUUACGACGCAGUCGUAAGCGUUUGGCAAAUUCGAGCCGUUCUUCCACUGUCAAACAAACUCGUGGCCCAUAAUGGAUUUCGGUUGCGCCGGCACAUCAAGCAGCUCUAUUUAGGGACGGGCUCUGCCUCCCUUCGGGGGGGGGUGGCUGGAAAAGCUGGCCUAAAAAUUGCUGGGGAACCAAGUAGUCUGCAGGCUGACCGUGGUCGCAGACGUAAAACUCACGGUCGAAACAACCAAAAUCGAAACAGCAACAACAGCCAUAUUCUCCCCCCCCCCACCCUACCUCUUCUUCGUCUUCUUCUGCCUAUUCUUCUCCUUCGUCAUCUCCUUCUCCACACCAUUCCCGUCGCCCCACUCGUCGUCACCAGACUGGCAGGGUGAAUCUGCUCACUCUGGCAGCCUGGAAUGUUCGUUCCCUUUUAGACAAUCCGAGGAGCAACCGACCGCAACGCAGAACAGCGCUAGUGGCCCGGGAACUGGCGCCGUACAAGGUGGACAUCGCCGCACUCAGCGAGACUCAUAUACGCGCAUCGGUGAAAGUUUAGCUGUUUACUGCGUUUCGAUGCAGAGCAUAUACACACUCAGAAGCCGUACCCCGCAUAUUUACUGUGAACUGUAGAUGCGUUGGACCAAAACUGGGGGUCAGACUGGCUCAUGCCAUCCAUAUAGCGAGCUGUGCUGAGUUCGCGCAAACCCAUAUCUCUGCAGUGCGUGCCUAUCGCGGCCCGCCUUAGAAGUAGAUAGAAGAAGUCCGUAACUGCAUCCAAUCAUAUCGACAGUUGGUUUACAGGCUCAAACAGUCGACUGAUGCAUACGAGAGAAGGGAGCAAGGCCGAAACUGAAGGGUUUAUCUCACGACCAGACACAAUAAGUCUGACGUGCUUGUAGCUAUCACGACGUACUAAGAGGCGUGGUUUGUAAGGUCGCUAACUGAUGGAAUACCUCGGCCCCUCUCAGGGCUGACAAUCAGUUCUAUCGCCCUCUUCAUAACGUUUCCCUUAUGACACUCUCAGGCGCGUGAAAUCCAAGUUGCCCUUACAGAACUCUGAUAUGUGUUGUGAGGACAAGUUCGUGUGGGACACACGUAGAGGGAUUGCAUGGCUUUGCCAACCGAUGCGGCCAUCUUGACGCUGUUUCUCCAUCGGAAACUGGUGAGUGACUGGACAUAGAGUGCGGUAGGUGCUGCGCAAGUCGGCCCAGCCGUAAUCUAAUUCAUGUGCAAGUUAUCGGUCCUGCACCCGCUUCGUGAGGUACGAAGUGGACGUCCUCGCCCGCAACGCUUAAACUCUCGUGAGAGUCCCAAGUAGCAUUUGCGUUCCCAGCGUUUUAGUCUUCAAAGUGCGAUUUGCUCUUGGCCCAGUGCUUACGUUCUUCGGAAAAUAUGUUGAACAGAAGUCAAAUUUCAAGUAAACGAUUUGAAGAGAUUGGCUUUGUUCAAAGCACCUCCAGGAGAAGUAACUGGUGAAAUGUGACUGUAGAAAACCUAGCAAAGUUUUUAGGCUGAAAAGGUGUCUGGAUAUUGCAAACGUACUUAAGUUAUUUUUAUUUGACAACAUAUUUGUGAUUUUUGUCAAAGUUGCCUGAGUUAUGGAGUCUACUAUAUGUGCUGACUUCUAUCAGUGUUGUUCAAACAUUCAAAGAGAUUUUUGUGUGACCUUCCGAGGAAUUCCCAGGCAUUCUGCCUUUGGAUCUGGAAGAACGUGCCCGUUAAUAAAAUGCAUAGAACCGUGAGAACGGCGUUACGGCAACCACGGCGUUAGAUGUUCCUGUUCCACUUGAAUCCGUCCUGACUAGUCCAUCAGCCUUUUUAAUCUUUGGAGAAGUCAAAAGUUAUUUGCGGAACUAAGGAGAAUCAGUAUAUCUGGGGUUUCAACACAUCGAUUCCGUCCUUUCUGAAGGUUUGACUUCGCUUCAGACACGUCGAAUUCACGCUUUUGGUAUCAUGCAAUUUCAGGAUGGCUAUGGGCUAAGUUAUCUUUGUUAUUCAUUCCUGAGUUUAUACGUGCUAAUAACCUGCCACCCGAUCUAUAAAGCAAAGGGAAGAAUUUCUGACCAGUCACAGCUUCAUUUUAUCGAAACACGAUUUUCAGGCAGAUGAUUCUGUGAGUUAUUGACCUUCGAAGCUUUUUUUACUCUAUUAGAAUUCGGCCAGAUGUAGUUUCAGCGUCAUUCAGGAAUCAUUGUUUGAACCGGCUAACCUUCAAGCUCAUCAGCCGGUGCAAGUCGCACUGUGUGUUUGUGCAAGACUUGAUCAGACACCAUUCUGUCCAGCAGCGACGCUCGCCUGGCCUGACAGUUUUCUGAACCUUUGAGUGACCAGCUCCGCCUUGUCAUUUAAAUUCGACGUGAAACAUCCUACGCAUUAUAUUUCAGUAGAGCGUAUUAAUUAAACUAAAUUGACAGCAAGAGUUGUCCUGUCGGAGUCUACCAACACAUUAAACUGUCUGAAGGGCGUUACGUUCACCUGAUCGACAGAACGACAGGACAGACUGUGAACACUCUAUUUUGAUUGAGAGCUUAAGUAUGGAGUCUUUAAGGACUGGCUUAACGUGAAGAAAAAUCAAAAACUUUUAGCGAAAUAAGAGGAGAUUUGAAUGUCGAUCCAGCAUAUACUUCGUCGUCGCUCAGCCAACCCCCGGCCAGAACGACCUAGGAUUUGAACUCCGGUUCAGUUUAUUGUGGAGUCGAAUCCUCUGGCAGCUAAGUCGUUUCUGCUCGCUAGGUUGGCUGAAAUCGGUGAGCCUCAGAAUUAUCUGGGAAUGACAGCGAUGAUUUGCUCCGAUCGAAUGACGGAAGAUCUGUUUUCACUUUUACCUUGGAGUUCCGUUCUUGUGGACUUGCAGAUGGUCACAUAGCUAGGAGGAGUUGAGACAUUAUACCAAGUGUUUAGGGAAAGUGAAGAACUCUCCGAGAAUUGGCCAAUUCAGGCUUUCAUAGCUUUCUUGGUAAAACCUUUCAGAUACUAUAUCUGCUGGAGAGUGGAGGGGAUGCCAGACGUAUCAUCUGAAAAAUUGAAUUAGCCACAUCCUAUUUACUCACGUGUGUGGAGUUCUCUCUCUCGCAACUACUUCCACUUCCUCGCCAAAGUGUUCAAAUGCGUCUGAUUAACUGUUUUAUUUUUGCAAUUCGCUAACAAUUCUCUAUCUGCCUGAUUGUUUAUUUCAACGUCCCCCGCGACGCUAAGAACGCUCGAAGUUUUUUAUGAUUUGAGGCAUAUCAUUGUAUUGUUAACAGUGGCCUUGCCUUCAUAACCUUUUUUCCUGUCGACCGUGCUGAUGCUUACGCUCGACAUCUGUGUGACUGUGUUUGACAGGCUUCGGAAAUUUCAAACUGUCCUACGGACAGGCCAGUAGCCAGAUCAUAAAUUGUUAUUUCUACUGUAGAACUGCCUGCUUAACAGAUUCCGACCAUAUAUCCACGGUAUAUGACAUGAUUAACGAGGAAUAUUUCGGCUCCCUGCUUGAUGAUGCGACCAUACGUCUGACUGUCUCUAAAAUCCGUGUCGGUGUAUUACUAAAAGGUAGAUACUUGGCUGCCCAUACCAAUCCGAGGAGACACAUUUUAGCUUUUCUCAUCGGUCUGUGGCGCAGUCUAGGGCCCACCUGCCUGAUUUGAUCUCUGGAAAGCAUUUUGCACAGACUUUAAUCACUCCAGCGGAUACACUGUGGUCCAGGCAGUGGGAAGACCUGACAACAUUCAGUGCACAGGACUUAGAUGGAGAGUGUAGUACACGGUUGCAGCAUCCAGGGGCUGUAAUGGCCUCCUAGCAUCCUCGGUUUGGUUAAAUGGUUCAGUGUGCAGACCGCCUCGGCGAUCUCGCCAUACCCAUGAGUUGAUUUUAACUGAACUCAAAGUCUUACCCAGGGCUAGUGCGAUCAGUAGAUGAGGCUUGCUUCGAACUGCUUAACUUUGCUGGCAUAGUGCAGUGGAGGGCAGCUCAAUUGGGGACUCGACCGGUGCCAAAUAAGCGGCCACAGGUCUUCGAUCACGGCUACCUUACGUACUAUUGUUUGUUCAGUAGGUGUGCUUGUGGUAUUUUUUUGCCGUCGCGGCAAAAAAAAUACCACAAGCACACCUACUGAACAAACAAUAGUACGUAAGGUAGCCGUGAUCGAAGACCUGUGGCCGCUUAUUUGGCACCGGUCCAUAUGAGCACCUCCAAAAUCACACAACGCAGGUACCUCACAGGUAAGAGGGAAAUGUGUCCUUCGGUUCUUUCUCCCUAUUGACUCUUCUAUAUGUGCGAUCAGUCUACCCCCUGUAUGAAAUUCUGGUGCGUGUAUGUGGUGUGCAGGCGGUGAGUGGGGCACACGCAGACGAGCUGUUCUCAAAGAAAAAGACAAGGGAGACGGGAAUGGCCAUAUCUGGCUUAUUAUCCAUCGUCGGGAAUAAAAUUCCGCCCACAUAUCAUGCGCCGCAUUGCGGCUGCAGACUGGGCAUGAGAGAGAGAGAGAGAGUCCAUAAGGCACAACGGGACGAGUGAGUUCCGUGAGAACAAUCGGUGGGUGCCCCUCCACCAGUGUAUAUUCCCGGCCGAGACCGACGGGGCAACGUGCCCGUGGUUCAGUGGUUAGAGGUGUUGAACUUCUUUCUAAUAGGCCGCGAGUUCGAACCCUAGGUGGUCCACAUGUCGGGAUUGGAUAUGAAUGCCUGACGACGGCCAAUAAACCAGAAAUUGCCAUUUGAUUCUCCCUUGUAUUUUUCAGUAAUGCCAUUCUGCUCCCUAUAUAGCGUGCUGCUGUGCAGAUGCUGGUUGGGCUCGAGAGAGAGCCCGUAAAGCCCAACGGAACAAGUGAGUUCAGUAGAAACGAUCGGUGAGAGUCCCUCUGCCUUAUUCAUAUAAACAUACGUGAACAUAUACAUAUGUACAUUUUCAGGAUGAGGUUCUUGAGGUGGGUCGUAAACUUUCUAAGAAUGUUUUUCCGGAUUCCGUUGACGUUGGGCAUCAAACAAACGGCAAAAUUACGGGUCAUUAAUCACCUAGUAAAUGUACUAGUGGUGGACGAAUGUCUUAAAAUUAUUUAACAGAUUAUUAAACAAGGUAGUUUGGAGAUGCCCGCUUUCGUACUUGGUUUGUCUCCUGGCAACAGUGCACAAAUACUUUUCAAUUUCUAUUGUGACUGAAAAUCGACUUGACGACAUUCGCCCAGAUAUAUAUUAUGUCAGAACUUCUUGUUUACAGGUAAUUAUAUAACCUUGCGUGGACUGUGCAAACUACCCCCUUUUACACCGAACAACCCCCGGGUUUGGGUUUCGUCAAAUUGAAGCGGUUUUCUCAACGAGCCGCAUUACAAGCAAACGCACCCGCUACUCUUAUGUAGUGCGAAGUCUCCCAUUUGACAUUGCCGUCGAUGUUGACGACCUCCUCGACCCCAUUCCUGCCAACGACCCGUACAGUCAGUUAAAGAAUGCUGUCAUCCAGAGAGUGGCCAAGUCGGCCAAUCGGAUGCUACGGGAGUCGUUCACACAGGUAGAACUGGGAGAUCAAACUCCUUCACAGCUUAUGCGUCACAUGCGCUCAUUGCUCGCUGGUCGUCAUAUGGACGACGAUAUUCUUCGACAAAUUUGGGUGGAUAAGUUGCCGGUUCCCAUGCAGCAGGUUUAGUCUAUGCUGGACACUAGCGUCUGUCUAGACAAAUUGGCCAAUCAUGUCGACAGGAUCAGCGAAUGUUACCCGGUCGGUGCGAGAUGCGCCAAUAUUCAACCGACCUCAGUGUCCCACAGAUCGGAUAGGGUAGCCAUCUCUUUUCCAGACGGCACUCCUUCAGUGGAACGUGACACUUGUGUGGACCGGUCGGCCUGUCGUUGCUCAUCACGCGGAGCAACUCAACGGUCAACGGUCGCUCACACUUGACAUCGGUCUUCGGCGACGUUUCCAGUGGGUCUUUGUGAAGGCCGACGUUAAAUCUCCCAUCAUUGGAGCAGAUUCCCUGACACACUUUGGCCUUGCAGUCGAUCUCAAGCACCGAAAACUUAUCGAUACCACAACUACACUCUUUACCGUAGGCACUGCUGCUUCUGAUCCCUCGGUUAGCAUCCAACUGACCGUACCAAGCUCACCCUUCGCUGACAUUUUGAAGGACUACCUGUCCCUCACUAAGCCCUGUCAGUUCACCGGUGAAGUUCAGCAUACGAUUAAACACCACAUCAUCACCACGGGACAACCUGUUUACGCUCAUCCUCGCCGUCUUCACCCAGAAAAACUUCGGAUAGUAAGGAACGAAUUUGAGCAUAUAAUGAACCUAGGAAUUAUUCGUCUUUCCUCCAGCCCAUGAGCUUCUCCCCGCCACAUGGCACCCAAGAAAUCCACUGAUGAUUGGAGACCAUGCGGCGACUAUCGCGCUCUCAACAGAGCCACUGUUCCCUACCGAUACCCUAUUCCCCAUAUGCACGAUUUUUCUCACACGCUAGCCGGAAAAACCAUUUUUUUCUAAAAUAGACCUCGUGAGGGCAUAUCACCAAAUUCCGGUCGAGGAAGAAGACAUCCCCGAGACCGCCGUCACAACGCCUUUCGGUUUGUUCGAAUUCCUUCGCAUGCCGUUUGGUUUGCGCAACGCGGCCCAAUCCUUCCAACGCUUCAUCGAUGACAUCUUGCGGGGUCUCUCAUUUACUUAUGUCUACAUUGACGACAUACUCGUCGCAAGUUCUUCGGCAGAGGAACAUGCCUUGCACUUGCGCCAGAUAUUCGACCAUUUCCAGCAACACGGUUUGCAAUUAAACGUCGACAAAUGUAUCUUUGGCGUCUCUUCUUUAGAUUUCCUUGGUUAG